AUGGCCUCGAGGAACAUUGCACGAUUUGCUUUGAACACAUUGGCGUUUAUCAGAUAUGGUUUAGAAGAAGAAAGCGCAGAGAGUAUCUUCACGAGAUCCAAAUCCGCGGGAAAGUGUUGCUUGAAAUAUUCGACCACAUUGGCUCGGACAAUUCAACAAGUGUAUGAUUCGAUCUCGAUCGAUAGCAUAGCUCACGUAAUGGUCAAUGAUUAUAUUGAUCUUUCCCUGCAAGUCUCUCCACUUGCACCCACUUUUCAGUCUACUGAAGGUGAUAUGACCGGCCACGAAUAUGAUCAUUAUCCCAUAAUAGCCCCCUAUCACACUUUAUUACUUCUUGAAGAUCCAGAGGAAAUUCUAAGGAGCAUACCAAUCGACGCGAAUCCCACGCUAGUUAAUUUGAUACAGAUAUUGACUCCUACGAAACG